AUGUCUGCCAGGAGGCGUACUUUGCUGAAGGUCAUCAUUCUCGGGGAUAGCGGGUGCCGUCGGAAAGACGUCGCUCAUGAACCAAAGUUCAGCGCACAAUAUAAAGCAACCAUUGGAGCCGAUUUUCUAACGAAGGAGGUCCAAGUAGACGACAAGCUUGUAACCAUGCAGAUCUGGGAUACAGCCGGGCAGGAGCGGUUUCAGAGCCUGGGAGUGGCGUUUUACCGGGGAGCGGACUGCUGCGUGCUGGUGUACGACGUGAACGUGAUGAAGUCGUUUGAGAACCUCGACAACUGGCGGGAGGAGUUCUUGAUACAGGCCAAUCCAGCAGAGCGAGAUCUGUUCCCGUUCGUGGUGCUCGGCAACAAGAUCGACGUGGACGGUGGCAACAGCCGCGUGGUAUCGGAGAAGAAGGUGAAGGCGUGGUGCGCAGCCAAGGGCAACAUCCCCUACUUCGAAACGUCCGCCAAGGAGGACUACAACGUGGAGGCCGCCUUCCAGUGCAUCGCUAGAAACGCGCUCAAGAAUGAAACCGAGGAGGACUUCUACUUGCCAGACACAAUUGAUGUGAAUGCUGCACGGGCCACCAAGGCAUCGUCAUGUGAAUGCUGA